AUGGACCAUGGUGCGUGCUCCCGAACUCGAACCAGGGUCGACCGACCUGUCAACUACCGGUACCCUAUCCGUGGGUCUGAGCCUUUUCCUCGUGGCGCCCCUGCCGGCGGUACGUACUACGGCCUAGCUAGGAAACCUUACAGCUACCUACUAUCUGGCAAGGAGAAGAUCGAGCUCAGGUCGGAUCAGGUCAAGUCUGGUGAGGCGGAAAUUUCCAUGAACUGGAACGUCCCUCGCGAAGAGGAAGAAGAAGACGUCGUCCGCAUUUCACCAGCCACCGAGGUCUAUACCGGCCUGUGGACGCUAUUCGCAGGCGCCAGCCUCUUCCUAGCUCUGCGCGUCUAUAGCAAGUUCUUUCGCCGGACGGGUUUGUGGUUCGAUGACCAUGUAUUGAUCCUAUCAUGGUUUGCCACGGGCUACGUGGAGGGCGACUGGGACGACCGAAUGCACAUCCUCAUCAACGUCAGCUCGUGUGGGACGCUGAUCGGCCAAGCCCUCUCCAAAACAGCCUUGGGUAUCACGCUCAUCCGCAUGUCGAACCGCACUCAGCAAAGCAUGCUGUGGUUCUGCAUCAUCUCCAUGAACGCGUGGAUGAUCACCAAAGUCUUCUUCCAGUGGGCCCCCUUUUGCGGCCGACCGAAGACCCAGGUGUGGUACCGGCUGCAGGGCCCUUGUAUCGACUUCGAUGCCGUGAGCGACUUCCGGGUAGGCGGGAACUACUACAACGUGAUUAUGGACUUUGUUUUUGCGCUGUUCCCGUGGUGGAUCACGUGGAACCUGGAUAUGCGACGCAUUGAGAAGAUUGCGCUGUGCUCGACGAUGAGCUUGGGCAUGAUUAUCGCCAUUAGCACCGCCGUCCGCACCGUAUGGAGAGACGGCGCCCAGUUUGGCUUGGACGACCGCUACUAUGCCUGGCGCAGGGGCAUGUCCAACAUCUGGUACUCCUCCGAGGUCGCCGGCACCAUCAUAGUGCAGUGCAUCCCCGUCCUGCGCCCGCUCCUACGCCCCUUUAUCCGGGAGAUGAAAUCCUCACUGGCCAUAAAAUCCUCCAUGGGCUCGAAACGCCUAGAUGACUCCGAACAGUCCAACAUUUCCAGCCGCUCCGCCCCACCCAUCGAAUUGGAGCGCCUGCCGAAGACCUCCGCCGCGCCCGUCUCCCCGCCAAACCCAAAUACGAAUUCAAACUCCUACCCGGAUCCCCACGCCGACCCGGGCCUGAAUAAGGAAUUCGGUUCCCUCACCCCGCUCAGCCCCUACCCGGCUCGCCACCGCAGCUCGACCCGCGACAGCAGAGACAGCGAGGCCAUGGCCAUCACCCUCCAGAUCCGCUCCCCCCACUCCGUCUCCCGCCUCUCCUUCUCCUCGGAAGCGCCGCCUGACUUGGGCGAGAGCUUCGCCGGCCACCACCAGCAGCAGCAGCAGCAGCAGCAGCAGCAGCAUCACUACGAUCACGACCACGACCACCAGUACGAACAAUACGACCACUCGACCCCGACCCGCCCUUCGGGACCCCUCAACCACGAAAACCACGCGUGGCGCAGCAAUGACGGCCGGAGCGACCUGGAAUCCGGCCCGCACAGCCCCCGUGCCUGGAUCGAGCCACUGGACUUCGGCUUUGGGCACGGGCAUAGCUACAGCGAAGAGGGGAUGGGGCUGAGACCGACGCCUCCACCGAAGCCGAGGUGA